AUGAAAGUUGUGGUGGUUCCCUCACCGUGUUUGAUUAUCGCUUCCGGUACAAGACGGUCUUCUCGACGGUGUGUAGCCGGCCUUGCUUCUGGUGGUUCGCGUCUCCUUCAGCGGAACUAUCCGGCGUCUGGAUCUUGUGAAGAGACUUUGAUGGUGUUGCGAUCGUCUUCAACGGAGAUCGCCGAGAAAUCUGAGAUGGGGUGGUUCGUUUGGUUUCCUCGGGAGUGGCCGAGGUCUGUUAAGACUGCGGAAGAAGAUAUAUCAAAGUCUAUCUAUGAGUUUCUGUAUCCACGCAAAGAAGAGCUCCCUAAUGACAAAGAGAUGACUAUAUUCGACCAUCUGGAGGAGCUCCGGGAGAGAAUAUUCGUCUCCGUUCUGGCUGUGGGAGGUGCAAUCACGGGUUACUUCGCCUUCUCCAAAAACCUAAUCGUGUUUCUUGAAGCUCCCGUCAAAACUCAGGGUGUUCGGUUUCUUGAUCUAGCUCCUGGCAAAUUUUUCUUCACUACUCUCAAGGUCUCUGGUUACUGUGGCCUUCUACUUGGGAGUCCACUGAUCCUUUAUGAGAUUAUAGCUUUUGUACAUCCGGGUCUGCUGACACGAGCUGAGAGAAGGUUUCUGGGGCCGAUUGUGUUUGGUUCCUCCUUGCUGUUCUAUGCUGGACUUGCCUUCUCCUACUGGGUGUUAACCCCUGCAGCGUUGAAUUUCUUUGUGAAUUAAGGGGGGGGGGGUUGACUCGUUCAGUUUGCCGUUGUCAUAGUGAUCUUUUUUUGACGCAACUGCUGGCCGCAGCGACCAUUAAAAGAACAGGGCUACGGUUUCAGGAGACAAUCUAUAAGUUGUGUUUCAGGUGGCGUCUAUAGUUGAGUGUAUCACAUGUAGUCAGGGGCUAAUCUAGAAGUCUUCUUAACUGGGUGCAUCACUAGUAAUAAAAAUUAAAUAUACAUGAAAAGGGAAUUGAACAUGGGAUAUUGUGGGUGCACAGGCUUAGCAUUAUCAUCUGAGCCACUGAAAAUUUACUGUUUUUACAUGUAAAAUGUUCAAUAUCAAAAUAACUAUGGGUGCACGUGCCACCAUACUCCGUAACGUAGCUUCGCCCCUGCAUGUAGUUUGUUUGUCUGUCCAUCUUUAUUCCUAUUAGUUAGGAGUUUUUCUCUUAGUGAGGUGAUCACAACUCUCUAAUUCUAAACACACUUCGACUAGCAUGAACAAUGAAUAUAUUUCGUGUAUUGUGAUGUAUUUUGGUAAAGAACAGUAAACAAAAUUACUUUGCUUAAUCUAACACACCAUACUAAAAUUCAGACCAAGAGCUGAAGAUGGAUGUAUCGCAUUCUUGAGAGUAUGAGCUGAAGAAGAAUUGGUUGGCAGCAGCUUAAGCUCUUCACUGUAUCAAUACAUAUACUGUCACUUGACCAGUUGACCGUCUACAACUGGUGAUAGGUAUGAGCAUUCGGGUAUCUGUUCAGGUACAGAUCGGA